GCCUGGGAUGCAGCUCUUCCGCUUCGUCAUCAGGAACCGCAUCUCAAUGCAGAAGAAGGCCACACCCGAUGUCCCAUCGAGCCUCGACCAGCCAUCAGCACCUUCCAUGGCUUCAGAUCCCAGUACGGUGGACACCCAAACCUAUGAUGCUGAUGCCGCAAUGCAAGUGCUUUGCAAGCCUGUGAUCAUUGCUGACGAUAAACCUGUGGACGAGCCCCGGGGCAGUCAAGUUGCUGCUCCGACCCCUGACGAUGACACAAGCACCAAGAAGCCCGAAGCCCCAAAGGAUGUGACAUCCAAGCCGAAGGCUGACCGUGCUAUGGAAGUCCGUUCAGGCAAGAAGCUGCCUCAGGCUCCCGCCGAAGUGGCCUCCGAGACUGCUGGUCUCAGCUUGUUGACCCCAGCUGGUGGCCUCUCAGAAUGCACGGGCAAUCCCGACAUGGCUGCACGUGCUUCGAUGUACGACAGCAAGGUAGCUGCUCCAUCGAAAGAGGCUCAGGAUGAGCAGCUGAAUGCCGUUCAGCUUGCUGAGAUCGAGGCGACCGAGAGCAAGAAAAAGGGCAAAGGAUACCAAAAAAAGCCAAAAUCCAAAGCGAAGGCAAAGGCCAAAGGCAAAGAGCAGGAUGACAAAAGCAAGGACGGUGAAGAGGAGCUGCAGGAGGAUGGUAAGAGCGAUGCCGCCAGGAUCCCGUGCCGCCAGAAGCGCGGCAGUACGGUCAAGGCGAAGCCUGAGCAGGAAGAUGCAAGACCAAAGAAAAAGGCCAAGCCAGCCAAGGCAUCUGCAAAGGCGCCAGAGGAAACGAAGGAGCCGGAGGAGACAAAGCGCAAGCCCGGCCGGCCCAAGGCAAAAGCAUCGCCCAAAUCCAAGGCCAAGGACCCAGCUGGUCGGGAGCCCAAGGAUCCGAAAGCUUUGCAGGAUGAUCGCCGCAAGAAGCGGGCAGCGAACAAGGAGAAAAUGGAUUCGUAUGAGUUGGCCAAAUUCCGUUACACGAUGUAUGUGGUUUACUGGACCAAAAAUGGUGUGGGGCUAAAGCUGCGCAACGUGUACGAUGCCGGAAAGCAGGUGUUCUACAUUGCUGGGAGCCCAUCCAUGAAGGACAACCUGGAUUGCGCAUGCUUGGCCGCGCAAAUCAUCGAGGAGGCCCACGGUGAUAUGUCAGACUCGGUUGUGGAGAAGCUGAAUCAACUCAAGGAAACAAUGAGAGCCACUGGGGUUGCCAGGCUAGCCAUUACGGCAAUCCUACGGGGCAAGUUCGGAGACCUGCUCACCACCUGGGCAGUGUGCUGCUGUUCGUGGAUCAUCACGAGCCGCGGCUCCACCUGGAGAAGUGAGAUUCUCCCUAUGGGGAACCAGAACUACCCUCGAGUAAGGGAUGCGAACCUUCUUGCAAGCAGGCUCAGCCUGCUUCUCCUUAUGGUGAACGCAGUUCAGGGCACUUGGCUGGUCGAACAGCCUGGCAGCUCUCUUCUCUGGCAUCAUGAGAGGCUAGCGGAACUUGCCCAGAAGCGCACUCGCGGGAUCUCGUUGUGUGUGGCUUCGGUGUAUCAACAGUUUCGAUGGUUUAUUUCAGCUGUUGUACGAGUUGCUACACAUAAUAUGACAUUACGGUUGAUGAUAUAA